AUGAGGCGGUUCCUGAGAACUGGACACGACCCUGCCCGGGAAAGGCUAAAGCGAGAUCUGUUCCAGUUUAACAAGACGGUGGAGCAUGGCUUCCCACACCAGCCCAGUGCCCUUGGCUAUAGCCCUUCGCUACACAUCCUGGCCAUUGGCACCCGCUCUGGAGCCAUCAAGCUAUACGGCGCCCCUGGGGUAGAGUUCAUGGGGCUUCACAAGGAGAACAAUGCUGUGAUGCAGAUCCACUUCCUGCCUGGUCAGUGUCAGCUGGUCACUCUGCUGGAUGACAACAGCCUGCACAGGUGGAGUCUGAUGGUCAAGGGUGGGGUGUCAGAGCUGCAGGAAGAAGAGAGCUUCACUUUGCGAGGCCCCCCGGGGGCUGCCCCCAGUGCCACACAGAUCACUGAGACCCUCCCUCACUCCUCGAGGGAACUGCUCUACCUGGGCACCGAGAGUGGCAGCGUGUUUGUGGUGCAGCUGCCAGGCUUCCGAACCCUGGAUGACAGGACCAUCAGCUCAGAGGCGGUGCUGCAAUGGCUGCCAGAGGAGGCCCGCCACCGCAGAGUGUUCGAGAUGGUGGAGGCUCUGCAGGAGCACCCUCGUGACCCCAACCAAAUCCUCAUUGGCUACAGCCGAGGCCUCGUUGUCAUCUGGGACCUUCAGGGCAAUCGUGUUCUUUCCCAUUUCCUCAGCAACCAGCAACUGGAGAAUGCCAGCUGGCAGCGGGAUGGCUGCCUGAUUGUCACCUGCCACUCCGACGGCAGCCACUGCCAGUGGCCCGUGUCCAGUGACACCCAGAACCCAGAUCCCCUGCGCAGCUCCAUACCUUACGGUCCCUUUCCUUGCAAGGCUAUAACCAAAAUCUUCUGGCUUACCACCAGGCAAGGGUUGCCCUUCAUCGUCUUCCAGGGCGGUAUGCCGCGUGCCAGUUAUGGGGACCGCCACUGCAUCUCAGUGGUCCACAAUGGCCAGCAGACAGCCUUUGACUUCACUUCCCGUGUCAUUGACUUCACAGUCCUCACAGAGGCCGACCCUGCAGCAGCCUUUGAUGACCCCUACGCCCUGGUGGUGCUCGCAGAGGAGGAGCUGGUGGUGCUUGACCUGCAGACGGCGGGCUGGCCCCGGGUGCAGCUGCCGUACCUAGCCUCCCUGCACUGCUCGGCCAUUACCUGCUCUCACCACGUCUCCAACAUCCCCCUGAAGCUGUGGGAGCGCGUCAUCGCCUCAGGCAGCCGCCAGACCUUGCUCUUCUCCUCCAUGGAGUGGCCCAUAGAUGGUGGCACCAACCUGGCCCCCCCUCCACCCCAGAGGGACCUUCUGCUCACAGGGCAUGAGGAUGGCACGGUGCGGUUCUGGGAUGCCUCGGGCGUCUGCUUACGACUGCUGUACAAACUCAGCACGGUGAGAGUGUUCCUCACAGAUACAGACCUCAACGAGAACCUCAGUACCCAGGGUGAGGAUGAGUGGCCUCCACUCCGCAAGGUGGGCUCCUUUGAUCCCUACAGUGACGAUCCUCGGCUGGGCAUCCAGAAGAUUUUCCUCUGUAAAUACAGUGGCUACCUGGCUGUGGCAGGCACCGCAGGGCAGGUGCUGGUGCUGGAGCUGAAUGAUGAGGCAGCAGAGCAUGCCGUGGAGUACGUGGAGGCCGACCUGCUUCAGGACCAGGAAGGCUACCGCUGGAAGGGGCACGAGCGCCUCACCGCCCGCCCAGGGCCCGUGUGCUUUGAGCCAGGCUUUCAGCCCUUUGUAUUGGUGCAGUGCCAGCCCCCAGCUGUGGUCACCUCCUUGGCUCUGCACUCUGAGUGGCGGCUUGUAGCUUUUGGCACCAGUCACGGCUUCGGCCUCUUUGACCACCAGCAGAGGCGGCAGGUCUUUGUCAAGUGCACACUGCACCCCAGUGACCAGCUGGCCUUGGAGGGCCCACUGUCUCGAGUAAAGUCCCUCAAGAAGUCUCUGCGUCAGUCAUUCCGACGAAUGCGCCGCAGCAGAGUGUCCAGUCAUAAACGGCGGCCUGGUGGCCCCACAGGAGAGGCUCAAGCUCAGGCUAUGAGUGCCAAGGUGGAGCGGACAGGCCUGCAGAACAUGGAGUUGGCACCAGUGCAGCGCAAGAUCGAGGCCCGCUCGGCAGAGGACUCUUUCACUGGCUUUGUUCGCACCCUCUAUUUUGCUGACACCUACCUAAGGGACAGCUCCCGCCACUGCCCUUCACUGUGGGCUGGCACCAAUGGAGGUACCGUCUAUGCCUUUUCCCUACGUGUGCCUCCUGCAGAGCGGAGAAUGGAUGAGCCGGUUCGGGCUGAGCAGGCCAAGGAGAUCCAGCUGAUGCAUCGUGCACCUGUGGUGGGCAUCGUGGUGCUUGACGGACGCAGUGUACCCCUUCCCGAGCCCCUGGAAGUAGCCCACGACCUGUCCAAGAGCCCAGACAUGCAAGGGAGCCACCAGUUGCUUGUGGUGUCAGAGGAACAAUUCAAGGUGUUCACAUUGCCCAAGGUGAGUGCCAAGCUGAAGCUGAAGCUGACGGCCCUGGAGGGCUCACGGGUACGAAGAGUUGGUGUUGCUCACUUUGGCAGCUGCAGGGCUGAGGACUACGGGGAGCACCACCUGGCAGUGCUCACCAACUUGGGUGACAUCCAGGUGGUCUCAGUGCCCCUGCUCAAGCCCCAGGUGCGAUACAGCUGCAUCCGACGGGAGGACGUCAGUGGCAUUGCCUCCUGUGUCUUCACCAAAUAUGGCCAAGGUUUCUACCUGAUAUCACCCUCAGAGUUCGAGCGCUUUUCUCUCUCCACCAAGUGGCUGGUUGAGCCCCGGUGUUUGGUGGAUUCAACCAAAACUAAGAACCACAGCCGCCCCAGUAAUGGCAACAGCACAGGUCCCAAAAGAACCUCAGGCCAAGUCAGGAACUCAGGAAGCCAAAGUGACAGCGAAGAGAAGAAGCCUGGCCCGGUGAUGGAGCACGCACUGCUCAAUGACGAGUGGGUCCUAAAGGAAAUCCAGAGCACCCUGGAGGGGGACCGGGGGAGUUAUGGCAAUUGGCGUUCUCACCGCAUGGCUGUGGGACAUAGCCUCAGCAAUGGGGAAGGGAGUCCGGGCGCCGUUGCCCUGUCCACGGCCUUUGUCCACAGCUGCAGCAUCUCCUCUUUCCGCAGCCUCCAUCCAUUGUUGACCAAGGGGGUCAGGACCUGCUGCCUCCUGCAUUAUUGA